UGUCCCAAACACCUCCCUCUCCUUUUGUUUUUCCGGAAAGCGCUCUCCUCCGUCCUCUCGAUCUCUUACUCGGGCGUUCCCAUCUUUUUCCUUUGUUCGUUUGGGUUUGAGGAGGGGAUCCGUCGCUUCCGUUCACAGAUCCUUCCCGUUUCUCAGAGAAAUCUACACUCGGAACCCCGCCGAGGAAGACCCUAGCCGCCGGCUUAGCGCCCCUUCAAGGUCUCCGCCAUGAAUCCGGAGUAUGACUAUUUAUUCAAACUUUUGCUUAUUGGAGAUUCGGGUGUUGGAAAAUCAUGCCUCCUCCUAAGAUUUGCGGAUGAUUCGUACUUGGAAAGUUACAUCAGCACUAUUGGAGUUGAUUUUAAAAUACGCACAGUUGACCAUGAUGGCAAGACCAUUAAGCUUCAAAUAUGGGAUACUGCAGGGCAAGAACGUUUUAGAACAAUUACAAGCAGCUAUUACCGUGGUGCUCAUGGUAUCAUCGUGGUCUAUGAUGUGACAGAUCAGGAGAGCUUCAAUAAUGUAAAGCAGUGGUUGAAUGAGAUUGAUCGAUAUGCGAGUGACAACGUGAAUAAGCUUCUAGUUGGGAACAAGUGUGAUCUGACUGCCAAUAGAGUUGUAUCAUUUGAGACAGCUAAGGCCUUUGCUGAUGAGAUUGGCAUACCAUUCUUGGAAACCAGUGCAAAAAAUGCUACUAACGUGCAGCAGGCAUUCAUGGCCAUGACUGCUGCCAUCAAGAACAGGAUGGCCAGCCAGCCGGCCAUGAACAGUGCCAGACCUUCCACAGUGCAAAUCCGUGGACAACCUGUUGACCAAAAGAGCUCCUGCUGUUCUUCUUGAGUGUUCAGCUAAUGGCAUUGUAUUAAACUAGCUGAUAUCCAGAUUGAUGCUGUGUUGUGUCAUUUCAAACGCUUCAAUACGUGUUCCAUUCUUUCCUAGUUCUAAUCCUGUACAAAUUGGACAUUUGGUAAUGCUAUGUGAUAUGUGCCAGCUCUACAACAAAAAAAGAAAAAUACGAGGUUCCUUCUA